CGCUCUCCUCCUCCUCUCCUCCGCUCUUUCACCACCUCCUCCUCGUACUCCCCACCACCACCGUCUUCUCUCCUCUCUCCUACCCGCACCGAUAACCCUUACCACCAAGUCACUGCUUUUGUUUCAAACACACCAGUCGCGUACUCUUUUUUGUGUGUGUGUGUAACUGCUCGUGUCGCCGGCGGCCCGUGGGUGUGUGGGUGGGUAGGUGUUCGCUGGUUGUUGGUUGCAUCGUAGCGGCGGUGGUGAAUAUUUCACACGUACAUUUUGUUUUCCCCCCGCUCUUGUUUUCACUCAAAAAGUCCACGCGUUGCGCGUGCGGCCUGGGAGUUGGGAACCGCGCUCCUCACAACCUCUUCGCCUCACCACCACACACACACACCCCGCCUAGUAUAGGCCCCGGGGAAGCGGCGGCGAUAAGAGAUAGCGACACAACUAACGACAGUAUACGUGGGUGUACGCGAAGGGCCACGGGAGUUAAUGUGGCUCGCAACGCGACGGACGAGGCCGUGAGCGAUACGCGAGAAAUUUCACGCGACCAGUUUGCCGCGUUAUAAGCGGCAGCAGCAACUACUACUCGACUCGACGUCGGCGUUAACGUACAUCGCGUAAUUAAACUAGAAAUACCACGAAACAGCAUUGAUUACAAAUACAGAGUACAUAAAUAAACACAUGAACAGGAUACAGCUGAUAAACGAUUAUGCCUACACUGUAAGCGACAAAUACUACUAAACUAUACCAACAGCAAAUAUAAGUCGUCUUGGUUCUUUCGGUGAAUUCCUGCAGUCACGAAAGCUUUAAAUCGAAAUAUAAGCAUUAACAUAGACUACACACACAAGCAUAAACAUUAGUAACAGUAUUAACACGUAUUAAAAGCAUACGUAAUACCACCACUACAUUAACACACGUAAACAUCGUCAACAAACCAUCGCAAAAUAAACCCAAUUAAUCUAAACAACGACGGCAAUUUAACCUACAAAACAUACCUCGAACAACAAUCCAGCAAUAGAAAGGGGAGUGCGAGAGAAAGACGUUGACAUCAGCAGCAGCAACUUAAAGCGGCGAGCAGCAAGAAUAUAAACAUCGACGCAAUUGAGGCAAACGUAAACAACAACAACAACAGCAGCACAAGCAAGACAUCAUCCGCUGCUGACUAAAGAGGAGUUCUCGCCGUCUGUCGACGGAGGGGGAUGAUCGAGUAGCUGCCCCGACUCCCGCACGCCGUGCAGUUCCCACAGCAGCCAUGUUUUGGAAGUUCGACCUGCACACGUCGUCGCAGGUGGACACAUUGCUAGAGCGCGACGACGUCACCCUGCAGGAGCUGCUGGACGAGGAGGAGGUGCUGCAGGAGUGCAAGGCGCAGAACCGCAAGCUGCUCGAUUUCCUGCUGCGGCCCGACACCAUGCUCGAGCUGGUGCGCCUCAUCACGCACGAGCCACCCGGGGACAUCGAGGAGCGCCUGCGUUUCAAGCACCCAAAUGUGGCGAGUGAAAUCCUGACGGCUGACGUGAUGCAGAUAAAUGACCGUCUGGUGGAGGAACCCUUGAUGAGCCAGAUCUAUGCCUUUCUGGAGCAGGAGAGCCCCCUUAACCCUCUACUGGCCAGCUUCUUUAGCAAGGUCUUAGGCGUCCUCAUCACCCGCAAGACCGAACAGAUACUGGAUUUCCUGCGGAAGAAAAACGACUUUGUGUCCCUUCUGCUGAAGCACAUUGGCACAUCGGCCAUUAUGGAUCUGCUGCUGCGGCUUCUGGCAUGUGUUGACUCACCCGAGCUUCGGAAGGAUCUUUUUAAUUGGUUAAACGAAGAGAAGCUGGUCAAUCGGUUGAUCGAGGUUAUCCACCCUUCACAGGAUGACGAGAGGCAUUCAAAUGCAUCGCAGUCACUGUGUGAUAUUAUUCGGCUGAGCCGCGAGCAAGCAGGUUCGGAUGGAGAAGACCCAGAACCAUUGCUCGCCACGCUGGAAAAGCAAGAGACCGUUGAACAGCUGUUAAACACCAUGUUGGAUGGAGAGAUGAAUGAGACUGCCCUGGUCAGUGGCAUACAGGUGCUGCUCACAUUGUUGGAAACACGCCGCCCAGGGUACCCAGAAGAGAUGUUUGGAGGCAUCAUGUGCAGGGCCGAAGGGUUAGACAUGUUUCCAAAUGCAUUGGAGCAAUCGUCUCCUGCAGUUAACCGCUCGGUCUUGCUGGGCAUCAAGCCCAAACUCAGCGAUCUCCACCAGCUGCUGCUACAGCCACCCAAGAAGGCUGCCAUGAUAACUACUGCUGGCUCUCUGGAUCCUCCACUGGGUAACACCCGCCUGCAUGUGGUGAAGCUUCUGGCUGCGAUUCUGCAGAGCAACGUGUCCAGCAUCAAUGUAGAGCUAAUGGAACUUGACACGAUCAACGUACUGUUGGACCUGUUCUUCCAGUAUGUGUGGAACAACUUCCUACACCUGCAGGUGGAGCAGUGCCUGACGGCCGUGCUGAGUCGUCCCGUGAUGACCCCACCACCACCACCCGUCCAGGAGGAGGCUUCUGAGAGCCAGGGGCCUGAAGCUGAUCCCACGGAAAACGCAAAGGCGGACAGCUCACUCAUUGCGCACCUCUUCCAAAACUGCAGGCUAGUUGAGAGAACACUAGACGCCUGGGAAAGCAACAGCAAAGAACAGGCAAACGGAGGAAGGCGGCGUGGUUACAUGGGCCACCUGGCGCGAGUAGCCAACUGCCUCGUACAAAAUUCUGGGAAAGGCCCCAACCAAGAGCUCGUACAGGAGCAGCUGAAGGGUCUACCAGAUAUGUACAGAGAAAAGUGGGAGGGCUUCAUUGAAGGACCACUUGCGGAAAUGAAUAAGAGAAAUACCACGGACCUGGUCAGUACUCCAGUACUCCAUUCAUCGGAGGAUGAGGAUGAGUCCGACUUGAGGAACAUAGGUUUUCCAUCAGAAUUUGCUGUGCAGCAGACCUUUUAUGAUUACCAGAUGCAGCAGAUGACUUCCAACUUUGUUGAUCAGUUUGGCUUCAAUGAAGAUGAAUUUGCUGGGCAGGAGGACAGAGUCAAUACUUCCUUCGACAGAAUUUCCGACCUCAGUUUUGAUCCGGUUUUGAACCCAUACGGAUCAGGCAGUGGUGAAUCUCGGCGGCGUUUUGAAGAUAGCGGCUCGGAUGAAGAGGAAGAUAUCUGGGAAGAUAAGGAGACCUUUUACCAGACGGCAGUUCUGGCCAGACAAAGCAGCACGCCGGGUAAAAGUGACGGCGAUGGAGAAGAGAGCGAAGGCAGCUCGGACUCUGAGGAGGGCGACGGAGGAUCCGGGGACGUGUUCCACUCACCGGAGAAACCGGCGCCGGCAGCAACAAACUCGUAUGAGAAGAUGGAAGUAGAUCCGGCCGCCACGGAUGUGGAAGAUGUCGCAAUGGAGACGGGUGAGACUACCACACCGCCGGUUGCCAUGGAAAUCAAUGACUGCACGUCACAACCUCCGGUUGCCAUGGAGAUGCAAGAGCCCUCAGCCCUGCUACCACUCGGAGCCAGCGUCGUACAGCCCAUGGAGGCGGCGAGUGAAGAGCGAAGCAACCCCCCCCAGGGCUGUUCCAUCGCAGCAGCAGCAGCAGCACCUGCCCAAGUCGAGGAUGCAAUUCAGUCGCCUACGGCAAUGGAGACAGGGGCAGAGCCUGAGGAGCACAAUGAAAGCCAACCUAAUCUACCGGAACCAGCAGUACACGCAGAGCCGGCGCCUCUGAAGUCUCCCAAAAAACCACAGGACAAAGAGCAGCCUUCCACCCAUGCAGACCCUGCCAAAACCACCCUGGUGGCAGACGCCACCCGUCCGUCACAGCACAAGGCAGACGACCCGGCCAAGGAGGGCGUGUCGCCUACGACCGGCCUAGCAUCAGCGAGCGCUGCAGGGACACCCAGCGAGGGGGCGGCGCUGGCGGUCAACCCCGUUGCAGCUGCCUCUACGCCGCAGUGUGCAGAAAACUCACCUGUCAAGACCUUGACUGAAGUUGACCAACAGUGUAGGCCGAGUCCAGCCGUUUCUGCAAACCCCAAGUCUACCAGACUGAUCAGUGUCACCUGUAGCUGUUCCCCAUCAUCAUUGCAAACUCGUCAAGCCAGCUGUCCUGCUGUUACACCUGCCAUGCCUAUUGCAGCUGAUAAAUCCACCGCUUCGGAAGGUGGAUGUUUGGCCAGCCAGCCUGACAUCAGCCCGAUCAGCAGCCCGAAGAUGAGUCCGUCCACUUGCACUGAAGCAGAAUCUGCGGCCAAAGUGGAAGCCGAUGGUCGAUUGCCUGCACUGGCAAAUGGGCCAAUGCAGGAAGGUUGCUCGGCAACAGAAACAAAGCCACCUGUUCAGCUUCUUACAGUCACUGAUGCUACAGUGAAUGGCCCAUUGUGACCUACGCUCUGAGUCACAGUUCCCGACCGAUGAGUUGAGUUCAGCAGCUGGCGUUGGGCUGCGCGACACCUCAGCCAGGUAGCACACUUAUGGCUUGAGUAUCUUGUUAUAAAAAAAAAAAAACAUUGCCUACAAGAGGGAAAAUGUCCUGGUUUUAAAAUGCACAAUUGCAUGAAUUAUUAAAGUACGGUGGCGUAUUGACGCCAAUGAGUGCAAAAGCGUUGGGGAGGGCUCGAGAGGUAUAAGUGUUAGUAAAUCGGUGUGCAGAUCUUAUCGGAUCUUCUUCCUUCUGCCCAAAUUCUUAUGCUGCUAUUUCGUUGAGGUUCAUUUAGAAUUACACUGGCAGUAUGCUAACAAUGUACAAAUUGCAAUUGUCAAAUAUAAAGCCUCAAAAGCUUCCCUCUUGGCUUCUGGAGCUAUUUUUCGACACUUAGCAAUAUGUAGCAGUUGGUGAAUUUCUUCAUUGUACUUUAUUGUAAGUACUGCUUUUUAACAAGCCAAUGCAAUGUUAAACCUUACUUUGUCAAUGAUUCAGCGCAGCAGUCCCAAAUCGACAUUUAUCUAUACAGCAAUGGGUGCAUGGUUUAUGCGUACAAGAUGAUCUUCCACUUCAGAAGAGCUUUGAAGAAAAUUUUCGACAGAGAAUGUCUUUUUAAAGACAAAGAGCAAUGUAAGUGAUAAUAGGCCAGUGCAAUUAAGGAAUUGUUAAUUGUAGAAUAAACUUUGCAUCAUCAUCAAAACUUUAGUAGUUAAGGCUACCUCACUAUCUUUUGGCAGUGUGUCACUUAAUGAGCUGGGGCACAACACGACACCAUGUCCUUGUGACAAGUGACAUUUUCUGUUUCUCAGCUGUAUCCAGUUCUUGUUUCAACCACUGCUUCGAAAAGCCAAAGCUUAGCAGAUAUAUUUAUUUUAUACUUUUUUUAAAGGUGGCUGCGGGAGGCUGGAACACUGGGGAUGGAAAGCAGGGGCAUACAGGCACGUAUGGUGCUCUUCAUUACCUUAGUGUAUAGUAUCAUCACAAACUGGGGGGGGGGGUGCACAAGGUGAUAUCUCUAAAGCAAAGGCUGUGAAUUUGCUUUGCGAUGUACCUAUGCUAUGUUUUCUGAUUACAAUCGAGUUUUGUUUUCUUAUGCCUAAAAAAAAAUCAAUAACAUUGUCUUCCAUGUAAGUUUGCUAGCUGUGUAACGUGGAAAUUCAUUUAGUCUGCACACAUUGUGUUAAAUAUGGUAAAACUUUACGUAAAAAAAAUAUAAAAUGCGUCAAGCAGGGUAUGCUGCUUCUGAGCAGUGUUUCCUCUUAAUAAAAUACCAUCAAUAUACUUUGGAUGAGAGUAGCUUUGUUUCUAUUUUCUCAGAAAUAUAAUGCAAUAAUAUUUGACAAAAAAAUCUUUUGAAAGUGUGAGCAAUUUCGUAAAAAAAUGCGUUUUAAGGACUGGUUCGGUUGUAUAAAGAGUGGCAGCUGGUGUACAGUGGUAUACACUGACCUUGCAGGGGGUGUGCAUAUCAGGUGUGCAUUCAAAUUGUAUAUAUUGCAGUACUACAAAAAACUUGAGAUAAUCUUGAAAAUACCCCUGGAGAAAAUAUUGCCAAAUUGUUCCUGUCUCUUUUACGCAAGGCUAUGUAACCCCGUUUGCACUUUUCCUUCCUGGGCUGUACACCAGUGAUUGCUUGCGUUUCCAUUUUUGCAAAAUAGAGGGACAUUAAAAGCUUAUAUACCAAACACUAAAAUGUUUGCAUGCAAAUAUUUUACUUGUUUCCUUUAUUGUUAUUUAGGCAAUUAAGUAGCCUUGCCAAACAAUUCAGUGUAUAAUUUGUUUAGAGACAUUAGGGAUGGGGGGGAGGGAGGGAGGGAGGCAGGUGUUAGUGUAUUCAAAUAAAACAUUUAAAAAAUAAUUACUGCCAAUACUCAGGUUGUGGGGAGGGGAUAAUCACCUCUGGAACUGUUUUAUUACACUAUGGUAUUUCUCAUUUUUAAAAAAAUUCAUGGUCAAGUCAAGCAUUAUUAAACAAAUUAUCUUACACACAUUCUUAUUUUUGGUUGUUGUAGCUUUGAAACAAUUAGACUUUUCCCCAGGAUUUUUUAUAUAUAAAGCCACUAAUACAAGGACUGGAAAAAAACAUGCAGUUUGGGCAGUGUUUACACCUUUAUUACCUGGCACGCCCCUCAUUGGUUACACAGCUGUACAAACAUUGUAAAUGCUCAUCCGCUGUAUGUGUGCGCCUCAACCAACGCUUUGUAUAGUCCACGGAUUAAUUUACAACUUGGUGAUAAUUUGUGUUAUUCAAAUUUUAAAGUGUAUCUAAAACUUUUGAUAAAUGUAGUUCUGGCAUGUUUUCUGACAAACUAAUGUGCAGAUGUAUUGAUCUUUUAUUGUGAAUAAAGUUUAAAAAAAAUUC